GGCUGAUUCCGACGAGACGAUGCGCCAUCGCUGGGUCAAAGAGCUUGUUGAUGCUGUUAGUUGGCUAGAGGAGCUUGGUUUUAUCCAUGGGGAUCUCGCCGUUCGCAAUCUUGCCGUCGAUUCGUCCAACCGGCUCAAACUGUUCGACUUUGGAUCUGCUACGACCAGCGAUCACUAUGAUUACAUAGCUGAUGUCAAAAGAGACCACUCUGGUUUAUCUACCUGUCUUCACUUUAUCCUCACUGGGGUUGACCCCUUUGCCAACCUACAUUCAGCGCAAGAGGUUCGGCGAAUCGAGAGUCAACUAUUGGCGGGCCAUGCUCCUAUUGGGGCUGGUGCUGAGAUUCUGAGCCAUAUCAUCCAAGCUGGCUGGACCGGGAAGGCUGGAUCAACCAAAUUUGUGGAGGUUAAGAAGCAUGUUGAGACAAUUAUUGGCCCUGGGGAUCUGGAAAAUCCUACAGACGUUCCAGAGGGACAUUACCAACGCCUGGCAUCACGCUGUACAGAGUGGCUAGAACGGGCAACUCCUGAUAAAAGGUGGAUGAACGCUGACGAUUAUUGUGCAGCCUGUACAGCUAAAGGCUACAAGGUGAAACUGGAUAUCUGGCGGUGAUGAUGAUGACGAUGUGUUCAAUUGGUUCCACGCUGCGUUCUCAGCCAGGGGCUUAAGGUAUCUGGCAUUAAAGUAGAGACCUUCAAUGUUUCUCUCUGACCGUCCUAGGCGCAUAUAGCGUAGGUGUAGAUGUACUCCGUAGGUAGGUAAGGUAGUCAAAAGCCUUAUCAAGGGC